AAGUCGUCGGAGGAUGAGAGUGUAAUAGAGAUACAUAUAGAGGUGACGUCUAACUGGGGUCAUUCUAUGCGACUAGGACUCACUGAGAUACAGGUGUAUGACCAGAACAACACUCUGUUACCUAUUAGCGCUGCUGAUGUCACAGUUCAUGGUGCUGAAGAAUGCAAGGGCACUCUUGAUCUACUCUUUAAUGGAAAAUUCAAGACAAAUAAGGAGAGGAAUAUGUGGAGUUGCCGGUAUCAUGCCAGAAGACCAGUAGAGUUUAUGAUCAAUGUUAGAAAUCAAAAUUCAAAAUCAGGGGAGGAGUUCUCCCUAUCUCAGAUGAAAAUAUGGAACUUUAAUAAGAGUAUAGCUGAACUUGAUAUAGGGGUUAAAGAUGUAAGGGUAUUUGUUGGAACUGAACUAGUCUUUUCUGGGCCAGUGGAGAAAGGAUGUGGAAAUCAAGUGUUUGAUUAUUGUCAUGUGAUACCAAUGAAACCUCAAGGUGCUCUUAAAAAUGGCUCAAACCCGGAAAUAGAGGUAGAAAAAGCGGAUUCUCCAGAAGUGCCAGUUCCAAAGAAAAGAAGUAGUGCUGUAAGUUCUAGUUCUACAGAAAAGAUAAAUAGAAAGAGAAUGAUAGAAGAGAGAAGGAAGGAAAAUUUAACAGGGAGUUCUAGUAGAGACAGUGUUGAACAGUCUGUGGAUAAAAGUCGUAACCGGCCACCUGUUUCACCAAGAGGUGAAAGGUCACCAUCACCUGCUCCAAAGUUUCCUGUUAAUAAAUCACCAAGGGAACCAGCAUCUGUCAAUCAUCGUAGUAUUUCACCCCGUCCAAGCCAAGAUCGUAAGAAAACGUUCCGUAGUAUUAGCAUGUCAUCACAGUCUUCAGCAUCGUCUGGUGGUGAUUCAGCACCUAAUUCCAGACCGACUUCCGGGUUGAAGAGCCCUGCUGCACGUAGUGAAACAAGGACGAUAAAUCAUCCUGUCCUAGGAAAGAAUGCCUCAUAUAGUAAUCAGGGGUCAGACAGCCUCAGUGAAAAUGAAG